ACAGGCCUUAAACUACUCGACAUAAUACGUUAACUGAUAAUAUAGCAAAACCAUAAUUCUCUUUCUCUCUCCCCAAACACGACCUUACUUUGACCAUCGCUGCAAACCUCUCUCUCUCUCGCUCUCUCUCUGUGUGAAAUCUUCGAAUUCCUACCUCCUCCAAAUUCAUUUUUCAUUUCGUUGUUUUCUGGCCAAUAUUGCUUUCUAUUAUUAUUACCAUUUUUAAUUUUUAAUUUUUUUUUGGGUUAUACGUAGCUUUUUUUUUUUUUGGUUAUAUUUGAUAUAAAAUUUUGCUUCUACAUAUCUUCGAUUGGCUUUGAAUCCCCUGAAUCAGCUUCGAGAUCCACAGUCUCUGUUAAUUCAAGCAUUUUUUUUUUGAAGGAUGUGAAUAGAGAUGAUGAAUCAAGUAGGUAUCACUGAGACAAUCGCUCCGGCGGACCCUAAUUCCCUCGAGAAUCGACACGUAGUUGAUGCAAGCCAAGGACAAACAUCUUAUCUUCCUCCAACAACUGGGUCUGAAGCCAUAUCAUGGACCAUUCACCGGGUGGAUCACAGCUCCACCCAGAAUGGGAUUCUUCCUAGUUCCACUUCCACUUACCAAUAUGAUUACCAGACACAGCCACCCACGAGAAAUGUUCAGGAUGGCCUAAAUGCAGCAUCGCUCCCAUCUAGUUCAUCGAGUGUGGGAGCAACAAAUGUAUCACAAGAUUACAAUGGCUAUGCAUCAUACCCUAAUUCUACCGAUCCAUAUGGUUAUGGAACUACAGGAUACCCUGGUUACUAUAAUAGCUAUCCGCAGCAGCAGCAGCAGCAGCCUAACCAUUCUAGCUAUCAGCAGCAGCCUAACCACUCCAGCUAUCAGCAGGAACCUAACCACUCCAGCUAUCAGCAGGAACCUAACCACUCCAGCUAUCAGCAGGAACCUAACCACUCCAGCUAUCAGCAGCAGCCUAAUCACUCCAGCUAUCAGCAGCAGCCUAAUCACUCCAGCUAUCAGCAGGAGCCUAAUCAUUCCAGCUAUCAGCAGCAGCCUAAUAAUUCCAGCUAUCAGCAGCAGCCUAAUUCCAGCUACCAGCAGCAGCCUAAUUCCAGCUACCAGCAGCAGCACUCUAACCCUUCCUAUUCACAACCUGUGGGAGCAUAUCAAAACACAGGUGCUCCUUAUCAGCCUCUUUCCUCAUUUCAGAAUACUGGAUCUUAUGCUGGGUCUGCAAGUUAUUCAAGCACUUACUACAAUCCUGGUGAUUAUCAGACAGCUGGAGGUUACCCAAGUAGCGGUUACAGUAAUCAGACUACCACUUGGAGCGAUGGCAGUUAUGCAAAUUAUACUCCCCAUCAAUAUGCAAACUACACUCCAGACUCAAGUACCAGUGCUUAUAGUUCUGGUACUGUGACUGCACCUUCCUCACAUUAUCAACAGCAGCAGUACAAGCAAUGGGCGGACUAUUACAGUCAGACAGAAGUCAGCUGUGCUCCUGGGACAGAGAAUAUGACAGUUGCUAGUAAAUCUAAUGUUGGUUGUCCAAUUCCUGGUGUUAGUAGUGGAUAUUCAACAUCAACUAGCCAGGCACCACCUUCCUACACCCCAUCUUGGAUGCCGGAAUCUAGUUCAUCUGAAUUCUCUUCAGUGCAGCCUGCUGCAGGAAUUAGCAGUGCCAGUGAUGCUUACUGGCAACAUGGGGCUCCAAGUUCUCAAAUUCACAUUACUAGUCCUAUGCAACCACAAUCUCAAAAGCCUUUGGAUCCAAAAACUUCUUAUGAUAGCUUUCUGGAUCAACAGAAAGCUGCAUAUUCUCAAGGACAUAAUUUACAAUAUCCUGCUACUCAUCAGGUGCCCCAAAGUUAUCAAUCACCUGCUAAUCAGCAGGUGCCCCAAAGUUAUCAAUCACCUGCACAAAUUGUUCCAUCUUCGGAUACACGAAGGGUAAGCAAACUGCAGAUUCCAACAAACCCAAGAAUUGCUUCAAAUUUGACUUUUGGUUUACCAAAAACCGACAAGGAUAGCUCUACAACUGGUUCGGCAGUAAAACCUGCUUAUAUUAGUGUUUCACAGCCAAAGGCAAAUGAGAAAGUAUUGUCUAAUGAUGCUGCUGAUUCUAUGCUUAAGCCUGGUACGUUCCCCAAGUCACUACGUGGCUAUGUUGAAAGGGCUUUGGUUCGUUGUAAAGGUGAUAUGCAAAUGGAAGCUUGUCAGGAUUUCAUGAAGGAGAUGAUCACAAAGGCAACUGCUGAUGGUACACUUUACACACGAGAUUGGGAUACUGAGCCUCUUUUCCCACUACCAAAUGUGGAUGCAGUCAACAAAGACAGUUUGCAGAGUUCAACCCCAGGAUCAUCAUUGCCAAAGUACAAAAGAAGUCCAAGUAGGCGAUCUAAAAGUAGGUGGGAGCCUUUACCAGAGGAGAAAUUUGUUGACAAAUCAGCAUCUGUCGUGAGUGAUACAAUGAAAUAUGGUGGCUGGAUAAAUGCCAAUGACAAGGACAGAAAGCCUUUUUUUGGGAAUAAUGGGAAUAAGGAGAAUAACAUGAGUGGUAUGAAAUUUUCUCCACUGGACCAGAAAAAUGCAAGUAAGAACGCCCAGAGGCCAGUUAAGAAGCAGCGUUAUGCUGAUGGUUUUAAUGUUGCUGAUAAUUGUGAUGCAUCUAGUGACAGUGAUAAGGAACAAAGCUUAACAGCAUAUUACUCUAGUGCUAUAACACUUGCAAAUACACCAGAGGAAAAAAAGAGACGUGAAAAUCGCUCUAAGCGUUUUGAAAAAAGGCAAGGACGAACAGAAGGUAAUCAGUUCAAACCAAAAAAUGCUGGAGCUGGAAACCUGUACAGUAGAAGGGCUAGUGCCUUGGUGCUUAGCAAAACCUUUGAAGAUGGUGCUGCCAGAGCUGUUGAGGACAUUGACUGGGAUUCCCUUACUGUCAAGGGGACCUGCCAGGAGAUUGAAAAACGCUAUUUACGUCUUACUUCUGCCCCUGAUCCUGCCAGUGUAAGGCCUGAAGAAGUGUUAGAAAAAGCGCUGGAUAUGGUUCAUAACUCUCAAAAGAAUUAUCUAUAUAAAUGCGAUCAGUUGAAGUCUAUACGCCAAGAUCUAACUGUACAACGAAUUCGCAAUUGGCUGACAGUGAAGGUGUAUGAAACCCAUGCCCGAUUAGCUCUAGAGGUUGGGGACCUGUUUGAGUACAAUCAGUGCCAAUCACAAUUGAAAACCCUUUAUGCUGAAGGAAUUGAGGGAUGUCAUAUGGAGUUUUCUGCUUACAACUUACUCUGUGUAAUUUUGCACUCUAAUAAUUACAGAGAUCUCUUAUCAUCGAUGUCAAGAUUGUCAGAUGAAGCAAAAAAGGAUGAAACUGUAAAACAUGCUCUUGCAGUUCGUGCAGCUGUCACUUCGGAAAAUUAUGUUAUGUUUUUUAGACUAUACAAGACGGCUCCUUACUUGAGUACCUGCCUUAUGGAUCUAUAUGUUGAAAAGAUGCGGUAUAAGGCUGUGAGUUGCAUGUCUCGUUCAUAUCGCCCAACAAUACCUGUUUCAUACAUUGCUCAGGUUCUGGGCUUUAUCACUGCCAGACCAAGAAAUGAAGGGAGUGAUGAGAAGGACUCAGAUGGAUUAGGGGAGUGUGUGGAUUGGUUGAAGGCACAUGGUGCAUGCCUUAUUACCGAUAAUAAUGGGGAGGUGCAACUUGAUACAAAAGCUUCAUGUGCAACUCUUUUUGUGCCGGAGCCCGAAGAUGCUGUGGCCCAUGGAGAUGCCAAUCUUGCUGUUAAUGAUUUUUUGACACGAACAUCCUUAUAGCCAAGGUUUUGUAUUCAUUUUGUCUUCGUUCAUUAGUAAGGAAAGUAGUGGAAAGAUCCUGCCGCCUUAUAAAAUCUGUUGUAUUUCAAAGGGGAGUGGUAUUUUCCACUUGAAUGGGAUUUUCGACAAGGUUGAGCCACGGCGGGGUUGCCUAUAACAUUAGCAAGGUUUAGAUCAGAGCUGUAUGAUAUUCACUUGUGAUGAAAAGAAUCCAGAUUCCCCGAGAAAAAAAAAUGCUAAAAAUUGGCAGUGGGGUUGAUUUAGCAAUGUAGUGGAUGAUUAGAUUUCAAUUUUCUAAUCAAACCCCAAUUCAUUCUUUUUUGCGAGGACAGAACACAGUAAAUAUAUCAUAUUUGACAAGAGAGGAAAAUAAGGAAAAUUAACUUCUUCUUGUAUGUGUGAUUAA